AUGAAUCUCCCAAUAAACGUCUCCCCAACAGUAUCCGCCUCGUCGCCAAAACAUGAACAGCCCACAAUCGGUCUCAUUGGCAUGGGUGCAAUGGGAAGAAUGUACGCAAAGUACCUAGCAGAAGCCGGCUGGCAAAAGAUCCAUGUCUGCGAUCUCCCAGAACGGUUUGAAAAGCUCAAGGAAGACUAUGCAGGAACACCCAACAUCCAUCCCAUGCGUGAUGGCCACGCCGUUUCUCGCUCCUCAGACUUUAUAGUCUACUCUGUCGAAGCAGAAUACAUCGACCGCGUCGUUGCUGAAUAUGGCCCAUCGACCAAGAUGAACGCAAUCGUGGCAGGACAAACCUCUGUCAAAGCCCCUGAGCGCCAGGCAUUCGAGGCUCACCUCCCACAAGACGUCCACAUCGUCUCCUGUCACUCUCUACAUGGUCCAGGUGUCAGCCCUGUCGGCCAACCCCUGGUCCUCAUUAAACACCGGGGUACAGACGAUGCUUUGACCCUCGUCGAGUCAAUCCUUUCCCCACUCAAAUCCCGGUUCGUCUACCUGAGCUACGAAGAACACGACUCUGUCACUGCCAACACUCAAGCCGUCACCCAUGCCGCAUUCCUGAGCAUGGGCACCGCCUGGGCCUGCUCCCAAUCUUACCCUUGGGAACAAGGCCUCUACGUUGGCGGCAUCGAAACUGUCAAAGUCAACCUCACCCUCCGCAUCUUCUCCAACGCAUGGCACGUCUACGCAGGCCUCGCCAUCCUCAACCCCUCCGCCCGAGUUCAAAUCGACCAAUACGCCAAAAGCACCUCCGACCUCUUCAAACUCAUGCUCAAAGGCGGAGCGGGAAGCCAGAGCGCUGUCAAAGAAUUCCGGGAACGCAUCCAAUGGGCUAGGGAAACCGUGUUUGGCGAGUGGACAGCGGCUAAUAAUACACCUGGGAAACGCAAGUCCCGGAGACCUAUCCUUCUCUCUGCUUCCAUCCUCGAUCGUUUUAGUCUCGGAAUCAGCAAUUCCACGGGCUCGCCAACGGAUACCGACGCGACGCUCACCCCACCCAGCAAGUACCGUCCCAAUUCACAUCUAUCCCUCCUCGCGAUGGUGGACUGCUGGGCUCAUCUCGGUAUAAAUCCUUACCACCAUCUCUCUGUCGCUGCCACGCCCCUCUUCCGUCUAUUCCUAGGUGUAGCCGAGCACCUCUUCCUCUCCACCUCCCUCCUUAACAGCGCCAUGGACUCGGCACUCCACCACAACUGGCAUCGCUCAGACGACCUCGAAUUCGUCGUCGCUGCCAGAGGCUGGAGCCAAUGCGUUAGCUUUGGCAGUUUCGACCUUUACCGGCGGAGGUUUGAAGAGACCAGGACAUUUUUCGAAGCGAGAUUUGACGAGGCGGGCAAGUUGGGCAGUGAGAUGAUUAAAGCGGUCAUGGAGAGUGAGAUGGAGAGGGAGGAGAGCGAGCAAGAAGUUUGA